AUGGCAACCGAUGGAAAACAAACCUCCAAGAAUGGUAGUCUUCUUCAACUAUUCACUGUGAAGGAUGCUUUAUCCGACAAAGCUGGUUCUAUUUUCAAGAGGUGGCAACAAAGGAUGUUUUACUACCUCUCAAUUACGUAUAAGGAGUUGUGGAACUCUUUGGAAGCAACGUACAAAAUGGAAGAUAAAGGAACUAAAACUUUUAUCGGUCAAGAGAUUCAAAUCCUUAAUGAUAUGAUGGCCGAGGAGUUGAUUUUGUCUCCUUUGUGGAAUGACUACAAGAGUUAUCUCAUGGAUAAACUCAAAGAGAUGAAACUUGAAAUUGAAAAGUUAUCUCCUUUGUGGAAUGACUACAAGAAGGCUAAAGCAAACUUGAACGAGCCGAGCUCGUGUAAGAAGCUUAAAAACGCUUUUCAUGGAAAACCAAGAUGGGAAGCCAAGAGGCCCAAGGGAUGUUGUUACGAUGGUGACAAACCCAGGUACUUUGGCAAAGAAAAAGAGAAGAAAAUGUGGAGGCAGACGUCGGAGGUGACCUUGGAUGAGUAUUGCACUUGUGGAAAGCAGACGGUGAUGGUGACGUCGUGGACGGACAACAACCCUGGAAGGCGAUACGCGAAGUGCAAUGAGAGUGGAUGCAAACGUUUUGUGUGGAUCGACCCUCCAAUGUGUACAAGAGCUCGACAAAUUAUCCCUGGACUUUUGAGACGCAUUAAUCUGGCAGAGGCUGAAUUGGCAAGCAAGAAAAAAAGGGUGAAGUGGCUGUGGUUUGCUAUUGUUGUUUCAUGGAUCAUGAUGUUUUUCCUUCUUAAGAAGUAGGCAGGCUAAGUUGCUAUGGUGUUAGACUUGUUUUGUUAUCUUUGUUUUGGAUGGAGUGAUUGUGGUGUGGCUAAGUUCUUAAGUUAGUGAAGUAUGACUUAUUCAAAUGUUUGUGUAAUGUGGUUUGUGAUUCAAAUGGUUUGUGUAAUGAAUGUGGGAUUUUGGUAUUGAAAGGCUUUUGUAAGACCUGUUCUGUUCAAUUUGUAUGGAAUGUGCUU